AUGACAUCGCCCGGAGAUGCUGCUCCGGUCAAACCUCCGCCGUCCUUCUCCCCCGGCGUUGCGCGAGUCGCAGCUACGUCGCCAUCGCGAUAUCCCGGGGAGCAGGAGCCACCUCAAUCCCUAGAUGCCGACCUAGCAGAACCCUCUACCGCCUCUUCUCCAACCCCUCUCUCGUCCACGAUCGCCGACUUACCGCUACGGCCCGGUUCGACACACUCGCGCUCUGGGCGAUCUUCUACCCCGCAAUUAGCAAGAUCAUCUGUCGGAUCGCCUUUAGAUGGACGCUUCGAUGGGUCCGAAGAUAUAAGGUCGUUGAUUAUCCGAUCAUUCUCGCCCACAAUUGCUGUUCAUGCAUCCGAGGACACCGAUGACCUGGUGAGAAAUAAGGGGUUCAAAGGGGGUUUCUGGGAGUUGAUCCGGCCAUUUGGAGAGACGGUUCCCGGCAAGGUAGUGAUUCGAGAUGGUAUUGGCUCAAGUCGGGCGUGGGAAGACUUUGGGGUCCGCUUUGUUGAUUUCAAAGGGAUCGGAAGGGCUCCAGGGGGCCGAGAUACUGGCACUCUGGCGCAAAUGGAGGAGGUAUUGUCCAAACAACUGGAAACUUCAGAAGGCUUGCUGGGAUCUUCAGUACGGACAAGGGAUGUCCUCGGUUAUCCCGCGACAACACCUCUGUGCAAGCUGUUCCUCCAACAACUUCUGUGUUCAGCACCCGCGGCACCCCAUGAGACAUUCGGCCACCCAGUAGCCAAUGUGAUAGCAAUCAGCUCACGCAACCCAGCUCCGCUGGAAACAUUGAGGCAGCUUUAUGCUGAUACCACAACGGGUGACAAACAUCCGCCCGAGUGGGUUAACCAGGAAUAUCUUCGUUAUUAUGUUCUUGUACACGACGAGGAGCGAGAUGACAUCACGGAAUCUACCAAGCUCUAUGAUCAGAUGAAGCGGCAUUUCGGGCUACAUUGCCAUCUCCUCAGACUUCGGAGUAGCCAAUGCGUGGUGACAGAUGAUGACAGCAUGCAAGUUCCCCAGUGUGAAUGGCUCUCGCCUUCAGAACAUCUCUCGGGGUCGUGUUCUAACCUUUUUCUAGAAGCUUUGGUUGAUCUUGGUACAGAAGGCACUCCUUACCUCUUUGAUUCUGAUGCUACUUCAAUAAGGGCAUUCAUCCGAGAGCUGGUAGUGCAGUCCGUGAUACCAUUCAUGGAAAACAAAGUAGCAGUGUGGAAUGACCAAGUCGCUUCCCGCAGACGUGGUAUCAGUGGCAGGUUUAUGUCAAUGUCACGGCGGUGGGCUGGUUUCGGGUCAAGCUCACGCUCGAGUAUUGCAGGCUCAUCAGGGGGCAGCAGCGGCAACUAUGAUUCCACUCAACAUUUCUACGGACCAGACUCACCGGAAGCUGUUCUGCGAAAAAUGGCGGACUUUGCAUUCAUGCUUCGAGACUGGAAACUCUCUACUUCUACGUACGAGAUGAUACGGUCGGACUUUGGCAACGACAAAGCCUGGAAGUAUCACGCUGGAGCUCACGAAAUGUGUGCUGUCAGCAUGCUGUUGAACCCUUUGGCUACAUCGGCAAAAAUCAAGCUCGAUAGCGUGGACCAACUAUUUGAGACUGCCUGCUAUUCUUACCUCACACGCUGUUCAGACGCGCCUCAUGCUUUGCGCUGUCUUGCUCUAGCAGUUGAGCUCCUGAAAUCUCGUGGCGGCUCUGCCACCGAGAGUGCAGCCAAAUGGGCCAUGCGGGUCAUGGACUUUGGAUUAGUGGGCUCGGUGGGUCAGAUAAUAUACACUGAGCGGGUGGCAGCAUGCUACGCUUCCAAAACGCCAGCCGGAGCAGCAAAAUGGGGUGGUCGACGCCGCAAGGCCGGAAUGUGGAGCAUCCUUGCUGCUGAUCAGUGGCUGAAAGCUGGCAAGCCGACCCUAGCCUCAGCGUGCCUGGAAGAAGCCGAGCGACUCUACGCCGAUGUGCUUCAGGCGGAUGGUGUCUUCCCGAUGCCUGAAAUGCAAAGCUUUAUUGACAACCUGCGCCAUGCAGUGAGAGUUGAGUACCUCGAGGCCCGAGGGUUUGAUGCCCAAGAUGAAACGGCUCCCGAAGAUCCGGCGGGUACCGAAGAAAUUAGCGAAAAGCUCGACAAACGCAAUCAUCGUCGCUCUCUGAUUGGGCUUCCUGUGCAGCUGGAUGCUGGGACCCUCAACCUCACGCAGGGGGCCCGGGACACCGAAGUCGCUCCCAGUGAUGAUUUUGAACGAGCCUAG